CGGAGAAAUCGGGAGACCGAUAUCUCAGUCAAAUUUCAUUUCCUGUACGUAAAAAUGACAAAGAUGACGUUUGGGAAAUUUUCAUGACAUUCAAUUCUAUUUUGCUAAAUUUCUUUUACAAUGGUUCUUUAUCGGUCCAGGUGUCGAGUUGUUUGGAGGCGUUGGAUAUAAACAAACAGCUCAACUCAUACAAACUUGUGGGAGAUCACAUUGUGCGAAGAACUUCUUGCCAACCAAAUCGGUAACAGCGCUGUUGUGAACAUGGUUUUCGCCUCCGACAUCGAUGUGGCAGGGCUUAUAGGUGUCGGAUUUCAAACCCUAAUUUAGAAGUAAAAGUUACAGGAAACAAAUUUAACACCCUGAGAAAGGAAGCGAACAUUUGGACGACUCACGGUGUAACCAUAGAGACGACCUAUCACCGAAUUUUUUGGAGAAUAUUUGAUGCAAAUCCGAGGAUGUUUUAAGAGCAUUCGCGGUUCCGUUCGUCGAGGUUGGAAGUCUCGCCUAACAGAGAGAAAACAAACACGAACUUGAACAUCGAUAACAAAGGUGUUUCACUGUGAAAUUAGUGACGGUAAAUCGGAAUUCGUGCACAGCUUUGGCGAUGGUCUAAGCAAUAUGAAGAAUGGGGCGCCGAGAUAAAAUCGUGUAAACUUUUCGCUGAAUCAAUCGAUCGCUAUAGAGAAUUGAGUUUGACAGCUAUUCAACAGUAUUUUGACGCUAAAUGCUUGACAAUCAGUUGAACAAUACAACAGGCUGUAUGAAAGCAGCCGCGAUGUCUUCUGAGGACUCGCGUUCGCCAGUGGCCAUCGCCAUACAGGCUGCCUUCAUGCUCAUCAUAAUUCUUUCUUCCCUGGUGGGCAACACACUUAUUGUGCUCGCCAUGUAUCGAAAUAUCAGCCUUCGAAGCAUCACCAGUGUGUUCAUAGCAAAUCUUGCUAUGGCGGACUUUCUUCUGGCCCUUCUGGGAAUGCCAUUCACCAUGGCUUCGUCCAUCACGUACGACUGGGUUUUCGGGAAAGUAUGGUGCACCAUAAACGGAAUGUUCAACUCUAUCUUUUGCAUCGCUUCAAUGCUCUCCCUUGCAGCAGUAUCCAUUGACCGAUACGUUGCAAUCAUCAAGCCACUUCAGUAUCCUUUGAUAAUGACCUCCCGCCUUGCCUUCUGUAUGAUAUCAUAUGUUUGGUUCCACGCAAUCAUUCUCUCCUUUUUGCCCGUUUUUGGCUGGUCCACGUACAUCUACAUUGCAAACGAGUCGAUCUGCACUGCAAACUGGGGGUUAGACAUCCCUUACACCUUAUUUAUCUUUGCGUCGAGUUUUUUUGCUCCAUUUAUGGUGAUGGCUUAUUGCUAUUAUCAUAUUCUUCGUGCGGCGAGAAGGCAAUCCAAGACAAUUGUUCCACGUGUCGGAGAACUUAAAGAUGAGACACUGCAAACGAUGGUGGCUGUACCGGUGGCUUUUGGAACUGAAAAGGGAAAAGUUUCGGAUCCUCCGUCUUCAGCUGCGGAUAAAGCCAAAGAAAGGGAGGCAAAGGAGAAGUUUAACAGAGAAACACGGGCCGCGAAAACGCUUCUAAUAGUGAUGGGCACCUUCUUUUUUUGCUGGGCACCUCACUUUAUUGGAAUGAUUUGUUUACUUUUUCCAAGCUGCAAUUGGCCUGAUGCUUUCUUUGCGACUACAACAUGGCUGGCUAUGUUGAACAGCGGGUGCAAUCCAAUUAUUUAUGGCGUGAUGAACAAAAAAUUCAGACAGAGUUUCAAAGAUAUACUUAUGUGUCGGAAAAGAACUAACAGGAACUAUAGUCAUCGGGAGAUGAGUAGUUCUUCGUGACUGUUGUUCGUCGGCUAUUCAUGCCAAGCAAGGAGUUUGUCGAUCACACACUCAAAUAAAAAUGGGAGCAAAACCUUUGCAGGUUAUUCGAUACUGUAUACCCCUUUUUAGUGAAAAAAAAAUCGCUGCCAGGUAAUGUUUCUAUUACGGGCGAGUAUCUUCUCAACUUUUUAUUUUCGGUUUCGCGUGUAUUCUGGUUGUUAUGACAGGUGUCGUAACUUAAGUAUCAGGAAAAAAAAACCUUUCUGGUAAAGACCGAUGAAAAUUUGUCUACACUUACUAAAGUUAGCUUUGUUGACAGAAGAUAAUUCGGCUUAUCAUCAGAGGAAAGGAGAUUUUUCCACGGCAAUGGAGUUUUACUCCAGUCCGGAGACGGAUACUGAGGCAAGCAUAAAUAAGUAGAAUCUUUGCCGAAGGCUAAGCUUAAAAAUUAGGCAUUGAAAGUCACAUUUGCAUACAAUGUUGUUAGCCUUUGUCUGAGUAACAGUAAAGCCUUUCAGCAUGUGUCUAAUAACAGAAAAAAAAAACUCUCGAGGACCACCGGUUCUCCAAGGGAAAGUCAAUUUCGCAAGGAAGAAAAAAAAAUUGUUGACUCCUUAUCGUGUUCUUCGUUUUCCCUUUUCGCAAUUUCCGGAAAAUUACAGUUCUCUUCAAGAAUGACGAUAUUUUUUAAUUGAGGUCGAGAGAGGAAGAAGAAGAUUCGGUCAUUGCCUGCGGAGCAUAUCUGGACGAAGAUAGAAAUAACCACAAGUGGAUUUGAAUUGCCAACUGUCACUUAAAGAGUCAUUAGUGUAGAGAAUGGCCCCGAAAGGUAAAACGCUUGGGGCAAUUUGACUAAUUUCAAGUCUUUCCUGAGCAAAUAAAAUUCAUCGUUAUGCUUAAA